AUGGCCUCCUCAUCCUCCUCUCCUUCAUCCAUCCCCAAUAUUGCUACGCUAGUCCCCAUCAAACUCAAUGACACCAAUUACCUUCUCUGGGAAAGUCAGGUUAAACCUUUUCUUAUUGGACAUAAUCUUUGGCUUUUUGUUGAUGGCUCCCAUCCCUAUCCUACUGCAACUAUUCCCGUAUCUAAAUCUGCUAAUGCGAUGCCUGUCACUCUUCUAAACCCUGCAUACAUCUCUUGGUAUCAAACUAAUCAAUCUCUCAUUGGUCAACUUCGUGCUACUCUUUCAGAAUCUGUUCUUUCUCAGACCAUCUCUAAAUAUCUCACUCAAGCCAAAACCCUAGCUGAUCAACAUGCUGCAAUCCAAGACUCUGUCUCUCCUACUGAUUUGGUUACAUAUGUUCUUCCUGGUUUGGGGCCUGACUACAGUACUCUUGUCACUACUACACUCUAUGUCCGUUCCUUCCCGAAUCUUCACACUCGUUUGAAGCCCAACAAGCCAUGA